AUGUACACUAAUAAAUCCAUCCAAAGAUUCACCAUGAACCGAUGUCCGACCCAAAUUCUGUUACCCAUACUCACGAUUCUCCUGCCGUAUAUAUCCACGCUCAACCUUCCAAGUGGAGAUCCGGCCCCAGGUCGCUCCCCUGGUCCACCCUUCUAUGAAAACAUGGAUUUAGACUACGAAGAGACAACAACCAAUGAAGCUACAACAAUGGAGGUGAUGAGUGAUGCUUGUAAGUACGAGAGAAUCUCCAGUGAAAGUGAACAGGUGGUGACACUGAGUGACGCUGAUAGUGAAGUGAAUCUGACUGUCAACCAUGCUGUGUUUGAUACUGCUGAACUUGUUCGAGGAGUCGUUUAUGAUGGUAAGUAG